AAAUAGACAUAAAAACUGGGGCUAAAGCUGAUCACAGAAGGAAGGCAUUCAACUCACCUCACAAGCUUCUUGACACUCACAUUUCCUACCGUUUUUAACCUUCACAAAAAUGGACACCGUGACGAGGAUGGUGGCUGACAAGCCAGUGGUGAUCUUCGGCAAGAGCUCCUGCUGCAUUAGCCACUCUGUGAAGUCACUCAUGUGUGGGUUUGGGGCAAACCCUACAGUUUAUGAGCUCGAUCAGGCCCCUAAUGGACGGCAUAUUGAAAGGGCGCUGCUGCAGCUGGGAUGUCAACCAAGCAUGCCGGCUGUGUUCAUUGGGCAGGAGUUCAUCGGUAGCAGCAAAGAGGUCAACAGCCUCCAUCUUAGGAAUGAGCUUAUCCCACUACUCAUAAGGGCCAAAGCUAUAUGGAUUUGGAAUAAAAAAUAAAAAAUUCCACAGGCACUGAACAUCUAAUGCCAAUCAGGCUCCAAUAAGUGGUCUUUUGUACAUUACAGAGUUUUAAUAGAUAUAUAUAUAUAUACAACUCUUUUUCUUCCCAUUGAA